UCAAGUUUGAACUAGCUGUAAACUGCGGCCGCGCAUCACAUAUAAUCGUGCACUCGCAAACUAUCCGCGCGUCUUGCAGUACAUUUGACAAUAAUAUUGUCACAGUAUGAAGUGAUAUUUCUUUAUAAUUUUAUAAGAGUGAAAAAAUCGAAAAUGGCAGUGAUUAAUAUUAAACUUUUUGACGUUAUACCCGUGAGGCUGAAUCUAUGGCUGAUGAUAUUCACAAGUUGCUGGGUGAUCUACAUGCUAAGAGUAAACAUAAGUCUGAAUCUAAUAGCAAUGGUUCCUGAGCCACCGCAAACGUCUGCUUCAAAAAGAUCGCAGUGUGCUUCUUUAAGGGCUGCAAAUGAAACAUUUAACGCUAAUAUGACAAUGGAGGACUCUACAAAUUUACGAACACAGAGCAAAGAAACAUUCAAUUGGACGAUGGACCAGCAAGGGACAAUUAUUGGAGCUUAUUUCUGGUGCUAUCCUUUUACAUCCCUCGUUGGUGGAAUGGCAGCGGAACGAUGGGGUCCAAGAUAUGUGGUCCUUGUGACUGUGUUGAUCAGUGGGGUCCUGACUGCGUUGAGUCCAGCUGCUGCUAGAAUGAGUUACACCGCUUUAGUUGUAAUUCGUUUCUUCCUUGGUAGUGCUGGGGGUUUCACAUAUCCUGCUCUCCACGCCUUAGUAGCACAAUGGGCGCCCCCCGCGGAAAAGGGGAAGUUUGUGAGUGCGAUGAUGGGCGGGACCUUGGGAAUUGUCGCAACAUGGUCUCUCACGGGGCCAUUAAUGAAAAAAUUUGGCUGGGCAUCUGCCUUUUAUGUUCCUGCCGCAUUGAGUUUCAUAUGGUGUGGUUUCUGGUGGUACCUAGUCGCAGACACCCCAAAUGAACACCCCAGAAUAUCCAGCGAUGAAAAAAAAUAUAUCAUGGACGCUCUUGGAGACAAGGUCAAGAAAUCCAAGGGUUUACCACCUUUCAAGAAGAUCUGCACAUCAUUUCCAUUCCUAGCAAUGAUUAUAUUACACUAUGGAAACGUUUGGGGCCUCUAUUUCGUUAUGACUGUGGGGCCGAAAUUUGUGUCGAGCGUUUUGAAUUUCGAACUGCAAGCAGCAGGUGUUAUAUCGGCGCUUCCAUAUCUCGCCAGAAUGCUGUUGGCUACUGUUUUUGGUUCUUUGGGAGACUGUAUAUUAGCAAGGAAAAUGAUGACUACAACAACUAUACGGAAAUUCUUCUGUCUCUUUUCGCAUAUACUGCCAGGUGUUUUACUAGUACUCAUGGUAUACAUUGGUUGUUCAACAACGUUGUCUGUGAUGUUAAUAACUAUGUCAAUGGGCUUAAAUGGGGCAGCGACGUUGACAAAUCUUCAGAAUCAUCAAGAUUUAGCACCGAAUUAUGCCGGAACUCUAUAUGGCAUUGCAAACGCUAUCGGGAGUACAGCUGGAUUCUUUACUCCUAUGAUCACUGCGUAUUUCACGAGGAAUGGGAACACUUUCGAACAGUGGCGUCCCGUAUUCUUCAUCGGUGCUUCAGUAUACAUAGUGGCUGCGAUAUUUUUCAUUCUAUUCGGAACGGGUAACAUACAAUCGUGGAACUUCAUUGCCGAUGAAGACAAGAAGACUGAUAACCUCAAGGACAUGGGUGAUACAAAAAACGGCGAUGUGAAAGACUCAAAAGAAACCUCUUUAAGCGUCACCCGCGCGUAGAUAUUGUUUGACAUUUGUUUUAGGUAUUUCUUGACUGGGGCUUCAGACGGUUAUUUUGCGAAAGGC